AUGCCUACCCGAUUCUCGAAGACGAGGAAACACCGGGGACAUGUUUCCGCCGGAAAGGGCCGAAUUGGCAAGCACAGGAAGCACCCGGGUGGUCGCGGUCUGGCUGGUGGCCAGCACCAAAAUACCACUAUGGUUACUUUGCUCUGGACCCUCGUCCCCGCCGAGACCCGUGAGGCCUACCUCGCUGGCCAGAAGAAGGACACCGCGCCCGUCCUCGAUCUCCUUCCCCUCGGCUACUCCAAGGUCCUCGGCAAGGGCCGCCUCCCCGAGAUCCCCAUCGUCGUUCGUGCCCGCUACGUCAGCAAGCUCGCGGAGAAGAAGAUUACCGAGGCCGGUGGUGUCGUUGAGUUGGUAGCGUAA